GAGCUGGAAAGAUGGCGGCUGGUUCUGGGGCUGCAAGCGGCCACGGAGCCCGCAGCUCUACCGCUGCUCUGGAAGCGUCUUUGGACCGGCGGUUUCAGGGAGUUUCCAACACUAUGGAGUCAAUACAGGGACUUUCGACCUGGUGCAUUGAAAACAAGAAGCACCACGGCCUCAUCGUUCGUUAUUGGAUGAAGUGGCUCAAGAAAUCUGACAAUAAUCAUCGCUUGAAUCUCUUUUACCUUGCCAAUGAUGUGAUUCAAAACUGCAAAAGAAAGAAUGCCAUUGUCUUUCGUUCAGCCUUCGCAGAGGUCCUUCCUAAUGCUAUCCUGCUCAUCAAAGAUGGAAAGGUACGUAAGUCAGUGGAGAGGAUCUUUUCUAUUUGGGAGGAGAGGAGUGUUUAUCCUGAGGAGGUCAUCGCCCAGUUCAAAGCCAGCUUCAACAAAAAGGAAAAGGAGCGAGAGAAGCACAAGGAAAAAGAAAAGGAGAAAGAAAAGGAGACUCCACCUGCAAUUGCCCCAACGAACACCAAAGCUGCCCUUAAGUCCAAGAUCGUAGCGGAGUUCACACCUCACUCCCUCAUUGAACAGUUGUCGAAGUAUAAGAGAGCAGUUGCAGAAGAAGAGUUCAGAGAGAAGCAGCUGGCAGCUCUCAGAGUGGAUGUCUGCAGCACAGAGGCCCUCAAGAGACUUAAAGACAAGGCAGGAGGCAACAAGUUUGCUAAGGACUUUGAGGAUGGCAGUUUGAAGCUGCAGGAGUUUGUCAGCUUCCUGGAGAAAGAGUUGAAAACAGGGCCUCCUCUGCUGGAAGCUUUGGGAAACGCAGACAUUUUCUACGAGAUGCAGUACAAGGAGGUUAAGAUUGUGGCCAAUGCAUACAAUGCCUUUGCCAGCCGUGUGGCCAGUCUUAAAAGGAAAUUGGAUUCCCUCAAGUCGACUCUUCCUGGACCUGAGGACUCCCCCAUUCCCUCGCCCUCCGAAGAUGCCCCCUCCCCGACUGGCUCUGAUUCACCCUUCCUGGGACUGGGAGCUAGCAGAGCCCAGGUGGAUCCAGAGCUGGAUGGCAAGGCCAUGGAUGAUGGAGAAAUACCAAUUGACAACAGAGACAUGGAAGACAUGGAUAUGUCUGAUGAAGAGGCUGACGCAGCAGGGGCAGAUGAGAAGAAAGACAAGGCCUCCACUGCUGUUUCCAAGGCUACAAAGUCAGAUGCAUCGUCAAAGCCUCCAACUACUCCUACGAAAGCUUCCAAGACAAAUGCUACCACUGCUGCCACAGCCACUCCAGGAACUCCCACCUCUGCUACUGCUCAAAGUACUCCAACCACCCCGCUAGGAGUCAACCUGGCAAAGGUGGACUUGGGAAAGAUCAGCUCCAUUCUCAGCUCCCUCACAUCGGCCAUGAAGAAUACAGCAGCUAGUCCAUCACCUCGGCCAUCACCUGGGACUCCCACCACCCCCUCUGCCCAAUCGACAGCCUCUAAAGCAACCCCUCCAAGCCCUGCCCUGGCCAGCAUCCUGUCACGUGUUGACAUCACACCUGAAGGCAUACUCAAUGCCCUGUCUAAAACAAACACACCAGGUUUGUCCUCUCUCCUGCAAAGUGUGACAAACACUGCCUCCGCUCCUCCCACCCGAACCUCCCCAGAAUCAUCCACAGUGAAAACCCCACUCACCCCAACCACGCCAAAAACAAAACCCAGUCUGGGGAACAACCUCAAACGAGACAUGCCCGGGAGAACCAGAGACUGGGAGAAAGAGUUACAGCUGUCCCCUCCUCCCCCACCCCCUCCUCGUUCCUCAGCUCCUUCUGUCUCUCCCCCCAGCCUAGAAUCAAAAAUCAACAGUUUCUUGCAGGGUAAUCCAGGUUUUAGUCUUGCGCUAGGUGAUGUAAGUCCUGACGGGGUGGAUGGGACCCCAGUGAGAGAUGAGGCUGCUGGCACGCCGACCCAGGAUGAGAUGAUGGACACACCUGGGAGUGUGCCAGAAUCUCUAGGGUCUUCUGGAGGUCAUAACCUCUCACCCACAGCCUACCGCAGUGAACCCUGGGACGCAGUGAUCACCCCAUCAGGAAGUAACAACGAUGGAGACUUUCUGGGGUCCUCAUCUUCACGAUAUGGAGCUGGGAAAAAGAACAGCACAAAAUUAAAGGAAGAUGAAGCAAUGAAUGUAAGGAGGCAGGUCUCCUCCUCCCCCAGUAAUGACAUGAAGGGUAAGAAAGAUGGGCAUCACAGUCAGUUAAGGAUGAUGGGCAUCAACAGAGCGAUGGGAGAGAGGAGACUCUCCGCAAGCUCUCGUAAAGCAAGCACUGGCUCAGAUGACGGCGGGCUGAGCGGAAAAAGGGAGGAUAAGGGGAGAGGUCAAGAGUCUCCAGGUGGGGAUGGGAAGGAGGGUCAGUACCAUCGUAUUGAGACUCUGGUGUCGCCCUGCACUGAAGGGGCACCCAUUCAAACUCUGGGCUACUCGAACCGGCCUCUCACUGGAGAGCGUAUCAAGACGGUGGAGAGCAUCCGUGUGAUUGGCCGAGGCUCUCGGCGAGGGGGAGGUGCUGGCGGCCGGCCAGGCGGAGUGAUGUGGUAUGAAGAGGAGGAAUACAUGGAAGCUCAGCCUCCCUCACCCCAUACUGUCCCCCCUCCUCUUAACAUUGGCCAGGGUGGCACUGAGGACAUGACCCCCUCCAUGCCUCCUCCUCACCCACAACUCCUCCUCCCUCAUCUCCACCCUCCUCCGUCCCACCCUCAUUCACAUCCCCCUCCCCAAGCUCAGUUCCAAAUGCCCUACCACACAGAGAAUAUCCAGACCCCUCCUCCAUCACUACUACACCAGCAUCCUCCUCCUACAUCUCCUUUCUUCAGUGGUCCUCCACCAAUGCCCCGCCCCCCUCCGCCCCCCAUACCACAGCGCCCUUCCCCUCCACCUAACCACCCUGUCGUGCCCUCUGCAGUCAUGGUGGGAGGAGUGUUAGUCCCUGUUGACCGUCCUCUAUCUCUUCCUCCCCCAAUUAGACCUGAAGGUGGAGAGCGAGGUGGAGUAGGGCCCAGAGGAAACAAAGUGGCCCCUCCACCCCUCAUGACAUCGUUGCUAGGCGAGCCCCCUCAGCUGCCCCGUCCUGGCACAGUUAAAGAGGCUUUUGUACCACGUCAUGCACCCCCUCUCCACCGCCCAGGUACCCCUGGUGUCCCUCCACCUUUACUGGGCAGAGUGAAGGAGCCUUUAAAUCUACCUCUUCCAUCCCCCUCUCCCUCUCCCACAUCCUCCACAACCUCACCCUCCACGCCUAAUUCCCCUGCAGUCGACACUGCACCCACUCGCCUUUCAGCUCAAUCCGCUGCCCCUCCCCUCCAGAAAGCCCCCACUAGUCCUCCAGCUCAACCCCGCACCCAAACCUCUAACCCUGUUCCCCUCCUCAACUUGCCCACUUCUCGGCCCCCAAUCCUCUCGGUCCCCAUCUCACAGAGACCUCUUCUGCGAGGCCGAACCCCCUCUCAGCAGCUAAAUCAAGAUCCACCCAUGGGCGGGUUUCGUGGGGGCAAGCGGCCCGGUCCUCCAUUCACAGGUGGUCCAUUCCAUCAUGGGCAGAAGAGACCCUUCCUCCCCCCACGCUACUGAAGUGGUCAUCUAUGACAAGCUGAAUGAGAAGUGCAAGCCACACAUCUAGCAUCGCAGUGUGUGUGUUAGCCCCACUGGUAUGAGCCCAGAUAUCUUUACUCUGUUAAUUAGCUUGAAUUAAACUACCUUGAGUCGUGUGUAAAUAGCUGAUUAAAUCUUCAUGCUUUCGGUAGGUAGCCAGCCAACCAGUCAUCUAACACUGUACAGUAUAGCAAAGAGGUUAUCAGUUGCAUAGUGCAUAGUGUUUUGUAACAACCCUCAAUCUGUCCCUUUUUCCAUUUCUCCAUACAAGUAGAAAAAAAGUUUCACUAGGUCUGAUUCAAGAGUGACAUAACCAUAGGAAGGAAACAUAGUUCAAGCAGAAAUGAAACUAUACUUUUAUUUAGAUUUUGCCUAGCUGUGUGAUUGUUCAGUUACUCUACCCAAGAGAGGGAGACCAGGAGAGUGAACCGGAAAGGCAUGGCUCUCAUGGGAUACAUGGGAAAAGAGAAAAAAAGCAAUAGUUUGAUAUUUUGGGAAAUAAGCAUGUUUUGUUUUCUUGCUGAGAGAUCAUUCUCUGUUUGCUAAAUAUAAAGCUACAACCAGCAGCCAAAUAACAUAGCUUAGCAUAAAGACUGUAAAUGGGGGAAACUAGCUAGCUAGCUACAAGUUGUGGUUUUAGGGGGGAUAGUUUUGUGUCUGGGUGCAGUGACUUCAUUGAGUCUCUGCUGGUUGCCUGACAAACCUCACAGCAACAUCAGGACUCCAGGAAGUCACCGCUCCCAGCCACAGAAGGUGGAUUGAUGAUGUUACCUUCAGUCAGCGCCAGGCUAGCCGUUCGCCCGUUUACAGUCUUUAUGCUAAGCUAAUUGUCUCCUAUCACCAGCUUCAUAUUUAACAGACAGUUAUGUCUUCUAAGAAUAACCAAAUUUCCCAAAAUGUCAAACUAUUGCUUUGAAAAUAUUUAACUGAAGUGAUGAAAGUAGGUCCUAAAGUAAUCUCUUCUUCCAUGAGUGUGUGUGUGUGUGUGUGUGUGUGUGUGUGUGUGUGUGUGUGUGUGUGUGUGUGUGUUGUGUGCUCUAAGAAGGUAUAUCUCAUUUGAAGUGCUGAGAUUUGUGUUGCAGCUGAGGUUAACAUUUAACAUCAUAUUUCUUGAGUACCUGCUGUAAAUAAUAUUCUUCUCUUGCUCAACCUUUUUCACCUUUCUAUCCCUCCCCACUGUAUAUUUCUAAGCUUGUAAAUAUAAAAAUACUGAGAUGAUACAGCUUUUUCUCUUCAAGCUCUUGUUUCUGUUAAUGAGGACAAUGAUGGUCACUCACGCACCCCGUCUUUACUGUGAAUGAGGCCUUGGAUAAGCUUUAGCUCCAGAAGAAUUUCUCUGCAGUAUCUGUCGCACCUUUCUGUCCUCCUUUUGAAACCACCAAGCAGAAGAGGAGGGUGAAGAUAAUAUGUAUUUUUAUUUCUAACAUAAAUGUCUGCCUGUGCGCGCUUCAACUUAGACUUUGGUCAUGAAGAUACUCAGUAGAGGAUGGUGGGUGGGGGGAGGCAUAUCAGUUUGAACCACACUCUUGCUAGGCUUCAACAUGUACUGACUUGAAUAAAAUCCAGAGUUUCAAUUCAACUGGGGGGGGAGGUAUUUUAUUUGGUCACUAUUAAUCACUUAAAUUGCGCUGUUUUAAUUCAUUGCGCUGUUCAGCUGUAUGUUCAGCCUGUUUUCAGAGAAAUUGUUUUCAUUUACCUACACAGCUGCUGCCAUUUCCAUAUUACAUUAACAUUUAAUGCCUCUAUUUUUUGCGCUGUAUUUUUCUACUAGAUAGAUGUGGCAAUUUACCAUUUGCAGCAGCAGCACCCACAGAUGAUAUCAGGGGGGUGAAGAGAUUUGAGCCAAUUAUGAUUGUUUUUAAAAUGGUUUAUUUAAAUACUCCAGUUGUUUUGGCCCCUUCCUCUGUUUUGUUUCUUUGCUAAUUUCAUGCUUUCUCCCUCGAGCCCCCUUGUGCUCACAUGGCUUCAUUCAAAAACACUUCUGCACCUCUCAACACAUCUGGGAGUAAAAAAAAAAAAAAGGGUCAGCACAAUAGCAGCAGUCCUUCCUCUUGUACAGGAAUUGUUGCCAUAAUGCUGCUCUCUGUCCUACACUGAUGUAGUGUAUCCACAUAGUGAGAGGUGUAGGCUGAGUGUUGGUGUCAAAGCCUCAUGUCUCCUGUGUUUGUCUGAUCAUGGAAUGUGUGCUGUCUCCUGUGCUCAUUUACAAGUUGACUUGAAAAUACAGUUCAUCAAGACGCAUUGAGAUACAUUGUAAAAAUGUAACAACAAAGAGGAUAUUUGUCACUGCAGUGUUAGCACAUCAUCAGAGUUCUGAUGUUUUACUGAUUGUUAUACUAGUCUGUUACCACUCUGUAAACUGUAUGUCUGUCAUCUCUGCAGUCACACAAUCAAACAGCUAAUAAUCAACCCAAAUUAGUUUGGUGUGAUCACAGAAAGCUAGAAUUGUUAAACAAAUUUAUGCUCACUAAGCACCUACCAAGUUCAACACUUAUAAUGUCCCUGUUAAUAACCUCUUUGUUUUCCCUUGACCUCAAGACAACUUUGACAAGAUGAGUUUGAAAAUGACUGAAGAAGUGACAAAGUUGAUGGUCUGUGUAUAUUUGAUAAGUUCAAUUGCUAUUACUGCUGUUCUCAUCAAUGAUGCUAUAUCACUGGU